GGUUGCCCUUCCGAGCCCUUUUAAGUGGAAUGCGAGUGGUAUAUUAUCGAGUCGAGUUGGCUUAAUUUUUUCUCGACGUUUCUUAACUUAUUUUUUGUGCAUUCUACAACCAGGUUGUGCGUGUGUGUCUGUGCUUAAUGUGCAUCACCUCGGAUAGCGGAAUAAAUGCAACCCUUUUGAGCCAGUGUGUGGUGUGUAUGUGCAUCCGUUGAACACCUGUUUACAUUACAAUUGAUCAGUGGCCUUGCGCGAGUUUGCAUGCAUGGUGUGUUGGUGUGCUGUGUCCUUGGCGAGUCGAGCGAUUUAAAAGCGCGCGCCUCCUUAAUCGAAGUGUGCGUUGGUGCGAACAUAUCUACCCAUCAUCCAAAGGAAUAAGUGCAUACCAGAUCGAGAAAAAGUGUUUAGCCUUUGGGGUUUUGUGUUUGUUUUUCGUGACCAAAGGAAGGCGCAGAAGAAACGGUAAAAACGGCGUCCAAAAUAGAAACGAUGGCGGAAGCCCAGCGGCUGAUCGGGAUUUCGCUGGCGAAGAUCGCCCAAUCGCGCGUCUGCCGCGGUGGCGUCUCGCUGCACAAGAACCUGCUGGUCGCGACCGUCCUCCAGAAGGCGCGCUACAUCUUCAUGGAGGAAGCGUACCACAUCGUGCACGGACACUAUCUGCAGCAGCAACAACAACAGCAGCAGCAGCAGCAACAGCAGCAGCAUCACCAUCAUCAUCAUCACCAUCAUCACCAGCAGCAACAGCAGCAACACCAGCUGAUGCAGCAGAAUGGUGGAUAUGAAGGCCACGACUAUUCCUCCGAUAGCAACAAGUGCAACAGUGUGUCCGAAGAGCAUCACUAUCAGCAUCAACGCAACAGCAUGGUGAUGGCAGCGGCCGCGGCUGCCGCAGCUGCUGCUGCUGCCGCCUCUUCCUCCUCCGCAUCUACUACGUCCACUUCCUCCCCGUCGUCUUCCACCGAGGAUGACCUCGUUGAUCCCGUGCACGACGGGGGCGAUGGUGCGGAGGAGGAGGAGGAGCAAGGGGAGCGAAGUCGCGAAACGUCCGGAAGUUCAUCCACCUCGUACUACGAGUGCGAUAGCGUCAUUCUUCCGACCACGAUCGGUGGCCUGCUUCCCCUCGAGCCACUCAACAUGUGUCGUAACAACAACAACAAUAGCAGUAACAACAACAACAGCAGCAGCUUGUCGGUAUCGAAAACGGAGUCGGAAGAGGAAGAAGAGGACGACGAGGAGGAGGAACGGGAGUACGAUGAGGAGGAGAAGGAGAACCACCAUCCACAGCAGCAUGGCGCGGCGUCGUCCCGCGAGGAACAGCAGCGGCAUCCCGACGUGUCACAUUUGUUCCUGCUGCCGGCGCUAGCACCGUGGAUCGGUGGGGCAUCAUCGGAGGUGGAGGACGUGAAGGACCGUGAAGCAAGUGCCUCGACGAGCGAAGAAAGUGGUGACACGCAUAGUUCCGGGGCGUUUUCGUACGCCACCUCGUUUGCCGCCGGCUGCCUCGGGGAUGAUGAGGAAGAGGAGGAUGAUGAUGAUGAGGAUGACGAUGAUGCCACGUGCCAGGAUCUUUCCUGUCAUCAUCGUAACGUCGAGCCGGAAGAACGAACGGAAGGAGGUAGUGUUAAUGCGGCGGUGGUACCUUUUAGCUACUUCGAUGUGGUACCGCAGCAGCAUCCGGAUCGUCGUGGAUCGGACCGGCGCCGGAGAAGACACCGUACGGAGGGUGAUCAGGCGAAGGGAGAGAGUGGGUCGUCCAUUAUUCCGGCGAAGCGUCGCCGUUCGUCGGCCACCGAAUGGGAGCCGGCAAAGUCGGACGAUUCAGACCAGCACCCGUUGGCGCUUCUGGCCACCAAACGGAUCCGAUCGAACGAGGUGCGUCCGGCGGCGUCCGUCGGUUCGUUGCCGUCUUCCACGAUCGGGCUCGUUGGCCAGCAGCCACAGUUUUACUCUUCCCCGCACGAAACCAUCUGCCCGGGCGAUGCCGACGCACUGUCCGAGUGCGUAAACCAGCAGCUCGAGGCGGAAAAUCUUACCACCUCCGGCAAUCACCAACAACAACAACAGCAGCCGGAGGAAGCACCAGGAGGGGAGAGUAGCGAGGAGGAGGAAGAGCGGCCAUCACCACCGGUAGAACCGGAGUCGGUCGUCGGAAAAUCGGCGGUCGAGAGCAUCGACCGGAUAACGUCGCUCGUGUCGAUCUUCAGCUUCGGCAACCUGUCCCGGUCCGUCUCGACGCCCGACUUCUGUGCGGCCCAGGCGCAGAAGGAUACCCGGCCCGACACCGGUUCCUUGCUGGCCGGCCAACUGCAGCACCACGGACAGCACGGCUACCUGACGAUGACCGUAUAACUAAUGCUCCUCCAGGCACUGGACAGUAGUGGAGCCGUCGGUGGUGUAAGGAAUUACUUCGAGUACUAAGACGUGAUAGUAGGUUGUAGGGGUUAAUGGUUAAACGCCAACACAAAAAGCUGGAGCAGCAACAGGGAGGAGGAGGAAGAGAAUCGAAUCAAAACCGCGUGCGACGUUUUGGGUUUUAUUUUUAAUGUAUAUAUUAGCAUUCAUCGGAAACAGGAAACUGCAAAGUUUGAUGAUUGCGAUUUUAGUGUGCCUCUAAAGUAACGCCCAAGAUAAAAUACUAUCUACACGUAUAUAAUCCCCUCCCCUCUCUCUCACUUCACCCCAUCAUUCAUUGUAGUUAUUCAAGCAGCGCGACGCAUAACUGAUCGCGCGGUGAGGAGCAGUACAGGGAGCGGCAGGGAGGGAAAGGCACGAUCGAAAGAUCAAGCACAGGCGAACAGGAGAGAUAAUUGUCUUUGGUGCUACAACAUAACACACACAUACACAUUCAACCCUAGAGGCAGUGAAAACGGUACUUUGCAUGAUCACCAUCAUCAUCAUGGAUGCUCAUGCUUCACUGAUCAGGAGAAGAAAAAAAGAAAGAGAUGAAGCAAAAGCGGGACUAAAAAACCGUCGCGAAAAUCGAACAAAAAGGCCAACAUACACAAACACCAUUCGGAACGUAGGAAGAACCAAAAGCCGAACGGAAGCAGGAGAAACCAGGUGCGCGAUAGAAAAAGACCCCCAGAAACGCUAAAGCUAGGAGGAAGAGAAGGGGGAGGGGGGGAGGUGAAAAAGAAGCGUGUACCACCCAUCAUCCAACGGCAAAAAGCCCCCUCCCAAGAUUGGUUGGUAACGUUAAAGUAGGGUUUUCCGGCGAAGAGCAGGGAAGAUAUUUAUUAUUGAACAUUGCCACGUCGCGAGAAAAAACGGGAAAGGAAAGAUAGGGUAGGAGGGGAUAUGCGGGGGGUAGGGGGACUGAUCAACGGACGAAAGCAACUACUCCAGUAGCAUCAUCAUCCCCUUGCUCAUGAGGGCAGGGCAGGGUACGACGAUGGGGGAAGAUGAUCGCUAUCGCGAGGAAACAGAGAGAAAAUCGUAAGCAUAGGAAGUAAUAGGUGUUUCGAUGAUUUUUUCUUUUUUUCGAUCCGGUGGCGGUUUAGUGCGUCCGAGCUAGAAGCGUGAACUUUAUUCAUUUUCCGUUUGGCAAGACAUUUGAAUUGUAGAGAAGACGAGGAGGAAUAAAAACCAAGAGAGAAAAAGAGA